GUUGCCGUUUGCUGUUUUUUCACAAAUUAAUAUUUCUUCUCAAUAUUCUGAUUUUGGAUACCACUAGCGACAUCUAUUGGCGUGAUUUAGAAUUAAUUUGCAAUAGAUGGCGCUUUUUGCUCAGUUAAUUGAAAUAUACUUUGAUGAAACAUUUCCUAGUGUUUUUAUAUUGAUUAUUCUAUUUUUCAAAUAGAAUAUUUUCAGUGUUCUGGAAAUUGUUUUCAUCAUGGUUUUAUUAGUACAGUAUUUACUUUUUCAAACGGCGAAACGAAACGUAUCGCGAUGUCUAUGACAGAGCGGCUGUCAGUGGAGCUGUCAAAUCACUUAGGAAUUUGUCGAUCGUGCGCAACCGCAAUUUGAUUAUUUUCGGGAAUGUAAUUCCUUUUAUUUCAAAUCGGGUGGUGCAAAAUGCAUCCACGAUAAUUUCUUGAUGAAUAAAUAAAAAUAACACACAUGAGGUAAGUUCCCGUCGGAGAAUUUAUUUAUUUUUCGUGAUUGAUAUUUUUCGUAUUCCAGUACGUGGUUAUUUCAUGUGAUCGUUUCUUUCAGAGAUUCCCUAAAUUCUAUUCGGAUGAGGGUAUUGGGUUGCUGAGGGCUGCGAGCGAAGCUCAAAUUAGUGAACAGCCUUCAUGCGGGAUUUCAUAGAUUUCAUAUUUUACAUGUUGAUAUUUCAUAUAUUUUAAUUUCUCUUCAUUUCGUAUCAAAUAUUUGUCCUUUCUAAACUGCUGAUCUCUUCGCAUUUCCUCCUUGUCAUCAAACCUCUGUCUCUGCAAGAGUUUGAACGCUUACCUGUCGAAGAGAUGCAAGAGCUUCAUCUGGCACUGCGCGCUUGAGGCCGUGGAGGACGCUGCUUGGAACCUAAAAGUGUGCGAGACCCGUUGGACCCCGGAAGAAGAGAGGAACGUUCAGGGUAACGGCUUAUAACCGCAUGGCUUCCAAGGUACCCACUUUUCCAUCCUUCAAGUAGGAGUCUUUCCGACCUGACAUCGCGCAGUUAUCUUAACUAGUAGAGUCUUUUAAUAUUUAGGCUGAGUUUUAAGAAAUUUGUAGUGGCGAUAAUAUUCACCAAACCGAACCUAAUUAACGACCCUGAAUCCCUUGAGAUUGGCACUAUUACAGUAGUUAUUAUAAUAUCGUAAUUGUUAACUAUAUAGGAGAAUACGAGAUAAAAAUAAAUUGUGUCAAUUGAGAGGGAGCUGUUUUAUUUACAUUUUCUAAUUUCACACAAGGAACGGUAACUUAUAUAAAUUUCUGCAAGCCGGACAACCUCUUUUUCACGUGCAGACAAUUCACCAUCUUCUCAGUCUGCACCGGUGGCGGUUCAAUUCCAGUCACCAAGCCGCCAGGAAAAAAUCCUUUCUUGCAGUGGCGCCCCUCUUUGGUGUUUAUUAUUGCCACCCUUUUUGUAAAAGGUUUAUGGGUGGAUGGUUAAUAAAAGAAGCGACAUUGUUUGCUGACUAUCCUCUCAUACACUUUUAUUUAGUUAUUUUAUUAUUGUAAUUAGGGAAUUUCUCAUGUUGUGUGUUGUGUUUGUCCUGUAUUUUAUUUUUGUGGCCCACAUUUUGUUAACAACAUAAACUUAUAACCUAUUUAUAACAGAGCGUACUUACUCUUAUUUAUGAGGAACUACAUAAUGUUUGGUUAUUUUGUUGAGUUGAAACUUGUUUUAUAGUUGGGACAAGUAAGUAACAUUUUUAUUGUUAGGUUAUCAAUUUAGUAUACCUACACUGCUUUUGUGUUUCUUUAUGUAAACAUAUAACCCGUUACUUACUUUAAUUUUAAUUAAUUUUUCAAGGACAAACACUUUUGUUGAAAUUUAAAAUUAGUUUAUGUAAUAGGAUAACAAAGUACCUAUUUACCUGUUAUUUUGUACUAAGGUAACAAUUUCCUUUGUGUCACUGCGGACAUAUAACAUUAAUUUGAAGUUACCUAGUACAUUGUUUUUUUUGGUAAUUAUUUACAUACUUGUUUAUUACUUGUAUUUUUUUUAAACAAUAACAUUAUUGUUGUUAUUGUGUGUUUUAGAACAUAAGUGAGAGGUUUCAUCCAAUCUUGUAAGGUGCCAUUCUCAACAAAUUUGACAAUUUAAAUACAUUUUCAUUCAAAAAUUUUUAAAUAAUAUUUUUGCCACUUAGUUUAUUUUACACAUAGCUUUUUACAAUGGAUACCAAAACGGUUUACUACCAUUCAUUAUUACGCGACGAACUUAUUUAUGAGAUAACUGUUCGAUCUGAGUCUCCGGAAGAUACAGUUCCCAAAAUGAAAAAACAACUUAAGUCAUUGUGUUCUGAGUUUAGUCCUGAGGAAAUUAUUGAUGAAGAACUUAAACCUAGUGUGGAAUUGCCCAAUAUUUCUGGCAAGUUAAAGGAAUUACAAUCACAUUUAGAUAAUUUCAAGAAGACUAAGGAGCGGUAUCAGCUGACUCGUUCGAAGGCUUUGUAUUGCCACUUGCUUCACCGACUGGAUAGGCUAGCAGCGUGUAAGGAAUCUGUUGACGCAGCUAUUCAUGCUAGUUUAAAACAGAAGUUGAACAUGUGCCUUUCAGUUUUAGAAGGCUUCGUCACAAACAAGUCAGAUGGGGAAUCUAGUUCCAAUUUACAGUCAGACGAUUGUAGGGAAACUGUUGUUGUGGACCAGUCAUCGAAGGUUAAUAUUUUAAAUUGGAACAUAAAGUUUUCAGUUGAUUCCAGUGUGCAUUCCUUUUUGGAAUUAGUUAAUGAACGCGCGACGGCUUUUGGUGUUUCUGAUAGUGUUUUAUUUAAGUCGGCGUUUUGUUUUUUCCAUGAUCAAACACUUUUAUGGUAUAGAGGUGUCAAAGAUCAGGUCUCGUCGUGGAAGGAACUAAGUGAAUUAUUGGUUGAGGAGUUUGCACCUGCAGAUUAUGACUAUAGGUUAAUAGGAGAAAUUCGUUCUCGUACACAAGGUCAGGAUGAACCUACCCACAUUUAUUUUGCUAUCAUGAAUGGAAUGUUUUCGCGUUUGAAACGGCCAUUUUCUGAACAAGAUAAGAUUGAGAUCUUGUUACAUAAUAUUAGGCCUAUCUAUGCUGAAUUGUUAGCUUUACACGACUUCGACACUGUUGCUGACCUCAAGGAUAAAUGUCGUAAAAUUGAAGUAAGACGUCAGCAAACUAGUACCUUCAAUGAACCAUCUAAACAGCCGUGUAUGAAUCCAGAGUACACUUACAAGGGUAAAUCACCAAAGCCUGUUACUGCUGUCACACAACCACCCUUUUCUGACAGUAAACCAACUUCUAACAAAAAACUCUUAUGUUUGAAGUGUAAGGCAAAUACACAUAGUACAAAAUACUGUACGGAUAAACGGUUGUUAUGUUUUAAGUGUGGUGAAGUAGGGUACACUACUAAAAAUUGUGCUAAGUGUAAGAGUGCUACCAAUUCAAAAAACUAGCAGGUAACCGAAGUAAUGUUAUUUCAGAAGAUGUCGAACCUUCUGAAAAUAAACAAUGGUUGGACAUUGUUGAUUCUUAUUUCAAAAACAACAACGUUACUUCGGUUUUGUUUAAACCUAAUAUAAAUGAUGUUCGGCCAUAUUUGAACGUGAACAUUUUAGACAUGACUGUUUGCGGACUAUUGGAUUCUGGAGCUGCAAUUUCAAUUAUUGGUAACGGAGCACACCAACGUUUCAUUGAUCUGGGUUACUCUUUGGAUGAGUCGUGUGCAUCAACGGUUACUGUUGCUGAUGGGUCUUUCUGUAGCACUAUAGGAACCAUCACAUUACCUAUUACAUUUAAGGACGUCACAAAGGUAAUUACAUUUUAUGUCAUUCCUUCAAUUGUCUCUGAUGUCAUUUUAGGAGUAGACUUUUGGAAAAAUUUUAAAUUAAUGCCAGAGAUUUUUCAAAAUAUUUGUUACGUAGAGGCACCUAAAAAUUUUCUUAAAACUUCAUCGAACAUUGACAAGCCUAUCAAUUUUAUUCAGUCUUUUGAAAACUUAAACUUGGAACAACGUGAAUUGGCAGACAGGAUGAUCAAACAGUUUCAUA